UCCUUUUUAUAUGCAAAUAACUUCUGUCAAGUUUAAUGAGCGAACCGAUCUGUUUACGUUUUUGUGGAGUUAACCCCAAGUUUUAUUAAUUAUUAAUCACCCUAAUCAUCAUUUUAAACGUUAUUAACGACCACUAUGUAUCUAUUCAAUUAAAAUAUAUAACAAAAGAUUAUGUUUAACGUUGCGGAAAUGAAAGGAAUCAAUAACACUGUUGAGAAUUGAUGUGAUAAAAGAAAGUAGAAAAUAUAAAAAUGAGGCGAUAUGAAAAAGGGGAAUCCUCAAAAAAAACAAAUCCGACGACUUCGGAUGAAAAUGAACGUCCUUUAAAAAAAGCUAAAUAUGUAUGGCAAUUGAAAGGGAAGUAUCAUUUAAAAGAUAAAUACUCCUCUCAAAAUGAAAUUUCCACCUCGAAAUCAAACGAAAACGUUAAUAAAAUAAAUCAAUCUCCCGUUAAGCCGGUUUUAACCGAAAAAUCCGACGAUAAAUGCACAAAAUGCAUCAAUAGUUUAAUCGCUCAUUCAAAUAAUUUUCUACGAGAUGAUUCAAGCGACCACGAAGACAUUCCAAUUACGAUGGUUCGACCACGGCGUGAAAAUCACGAUGAUUUUUUACAAAAAUGGCAAGCAAGACAGGUUGCUAAAAGUUUUAUCGAUAAUACGAUCAAUACUAUUUUGGAGCAGUGGAAAUUAGCACCUACAGAAGCAAAUGAUUUUGUUGAAAAUAAUUGUGAUAGCGGUCAGGUGGAAGAUGAAGGGAUAAUGAUGGCGAUUCAAUCGCAUGGGUUGCAAUCCAACAAUUCAAGGCACAAUACACGAAACUAUUUUGAUUCAUGUGAAAAUAUAAGUGAUUAUCAACAGGAAUCAACAGAAAAUUAUCAAAAUAAGCAAUUUGAGGGGGUUGAUGAAUUAAACGGGGUUAGUAAUACCGUUGAAACCGAUCAAGUUGAGUUUUUAAGCACAGCCGUUACAAUGGCAAUACAAAAUAAAGGGUUAUCUUCUUAUAGUUAUGGAUAAAAAAAAAUACUAAAAUUGUGUAUUUGCCAUUGUGGUGACCGAUAUGUUAUUUACAAUUAUUUAAAUUAAUAUACAUUUAAACUAGUGUAAAGCUUUAGUACUUUUUAAUUUUGUUUAAUUUGGUACAUUAAAAAGAUUAAAAUGAAAAA